UAUGGCGGACGAUGAAGAACCUCGURAAAAAAGACGAAYAGUAAACAAGAGUUGUUAUCGACUGACUGCACGAGCACCGAUCAACAUUGCUGUUGUCAAAUACUGGGGUAAAAGAGAUGAAAAGUUGAUUCUUCCUCUUAAUUCAUCGUUGAGUGUCACUUUGAACUGGGAAGAACUUUGUACAACUACAACUGUUGUUGCUGGUGUCGAUUUCCCUAGGGAUUCGCUAUGGAUAAAUGACAGAGAACAACCCAUUGCUGAUUCUCCAAGGAUUCAAAACUGUCUUACUUUAAUCCGUAACAAGUGCCGCAAGGAAGCGCCAGAAAGAUGGGAAGACCUUAAAGACUGUCAUUUGUACAUUGCUUCAAAGAACAACUUCCCAACUGCUGCAGGCCUUGCCUCAUCUGCAUCUGGUCAUGCUUGUUUAGUUUUUCUUUUGGCAAAGCUUUAUCAUUUGGAUGGUGAAUUAUCUGGAAUUGCAAGGCAGGGUUCAGGAAGUGCAUGUAGAAGUAUGUAUGGUGGUUUUGUAGCUUGGUUGAAAGGAGAGAGUGAUGAUGGUCAUGAUAGUAUAGCAAAACAAAUAAGAUCUGAUGAGCAUUGGAAAUCAUUGAGAAUUCUUGUUCUUGUGGUAAAUGACCAGAAAAAGUCUACACCAAGCACAGUAGGUAUGAAGAGAAGUGUUGAAACAAGUGAUCUUUUACAGUURAGAGCAAAACAUUGUGUAGAUCAAAGAAUGAAUGUUAUGGAGCAAGCAAUUCUAGACAAAGACUUUGAGACUUUUGCUGAGCUAACAAUGAAGGAAAGCAAUCAACUCCAUGCAGUUUGUCAAGAUACAUAUCCACCUAUAGAACCCCCAUACAUAAACAGUAUAUCACAUAGCAUCAUACAGCUAGUGACAGCCUUCAAUCAGCAUUAUGGCACCAACAAGGUAGCAUAUACUUUCGAUGCUGGACCAAAUGCAGUCUUGUUUCUUCAAGAAAACAAUGUUGCCAGCUUUCUUUCCUGGGUUAACUGGGCUUUUCCUCCAGACGAUCCACACAGCUUUAUCAAAGGGAUCCCAAUCUCACCAAUUCCAGAUUUGUCAACUAAUUUGAUAGAAUCUAUUGGGUUGAAUCCUCUUCCAUGUUCCAUUAAAUACAUCAUUAGUACAAAGGUUGGCUGUGGCCCUAGUCUUAUAAAAGAUGAUASAAUACACUUACUCAAUGAAGAUGGUUCACUUAUUUCCUGAAUUCCCAUGAUAAGCACUGCGGUGAUGAAUGGAAUUGGACCCAGUAAGCUUUUCAUAGUCAUUUGUAAUUGCUUUAGGUCAUUAAUAGUUCAUGAGCUAUAAAAAGGSUUUGUCUAUUCAGUCAUGUGAUGAACCUUUCCCUUGCAGUGGUUAUCACAUGAUGUUAUAA